UUCACCAUCCAAAGCAUCCGGCCAGGCCGUCCCCGCCGUGCCCGCCCUCGUAUAUACGCAGCUGAGGUGAACCCAGCGCCGCUGAGCUCCCCGCCCGCGCGCGCAUUGCACGGACUGAUCUAUCUUCCACCGCCCCCGGCCGGCCGCCCGACCACACCGACUUGGCAGAAGCAGCAAUCCUGCCGGGCCGGGGAUCAAUCUCUGGUGUAUCUUUGGGGUUGGGACGGAAGGCGACCCGGCCAAGAGGUCGAGGAGCCACCGUGCCGGAGCGAGCUGCCACCGGCCGCGUGAGGCGUCGUCGAUCGACCAGGCAUUUCGAUAUUCUUGAGCUUAGCUGCGCGUGCAUGGAGAGAUUGCCGUCGCUGCUGCCGAUCGACUCCAGCAGCUGGAUCGCUCCUGCGAUUAACCUAGUCUGACUUGGCCGCCCGGGGAUAACUUGCUGUUCGCUCUACUGUUCUUGAGUUUAGCUGCGACAGGUUCUUCAUCUUGUUCCAAGUGCAGAGUAGCUAGCUAGCUAGCUAGUGGAAUUCAUCCAAGAUGGUGCUGGCGCACACGUCCAAGGUGGUGCUGGGAUGCGUGGCGUUCGGCAUCUUCUGGGUGCUGGCGGUGUUCCCCAGCGUGCCCUUCAUGCCGGUGGGCCGCACCGCCGGCUCGCUGCUGGGCGCCAUGCUCAUGGUGCUCUUCCGCGUGAUCUCCCCGGAGGACGCGUACGCGGCCAUCGACCUCCCCAUCAUCGGCCUCCUCUUCGGCACCAUGGUGGUGUCCAUCUUCCUGGAGCGCGCCGACAUGUUCAAGUACCUCGGCAACCUGCUCCAGUGGAAGAGCCGCGGCCCCAAGGACCUUCUCUUCCGCGUCUGCAUCGUCUCCGCCAUCGCCUCCGCGCUCUUCACCAACGACACCUGCUGCGUCGUCCUCACCGAGUUCAUCCUCAAGGUCGCGCGCCAGAACAACCUCCCGCCCCAGCCGUUUCUCCUCGCCCUCGCCACCAGCUCCAACAUCGGCUCCGCCGCCACGCCCAUCGGCAACCCGCAGAACCUCGUCAUCGCCGUCGAGAGCGGCAUCUCCUUCGGCCAGUUCCUCCUCGGCGUCUUCCCGGCCAUGAUCGUCGGCGUGCUCACCAACGCCGCCAUCCUCCUCUGCUACUUCUGGCGGUACCUCGCCGUCGAGCCGGCCGACCAGGAGCGCGGCGGCGUCGUCUCCACGGGGCCCGAGCUCGUCGGCGACGACGAGGUCACCUCGCACCGCUUCACGCCCGCCAGGAUGUCGCACGUCUCCUCGCUCAACCCGGACGACUUCGACUGCGUCAGCGAGCCCAUCAUCCGGAGCGCCAGCGUCAACGGCGACCUGCGCAGCAGGAGCGUCAACUCCAACUCCAACGCCGCCGCCGACGCCGACAUGCAGUUCUCCAUCAGGUCCCUCCGCUCCUCCAGCAUGUCGCACGAGAUGGUGGAGGUCUCCACCGUCCCCGUCCUCGACGGCGCCUCCUCCAGGAAGUUCACCAGGACCGCCAGCCAGCAGAGGAGCGUCAUCAUCGAGGACGCGCCGCCGUCGUCGCCCACGGACGACGAGGCCGCCGCCAACGGCGACAAGGACAAGGGGGAGCUUCCCGAGGUGGUGGAGAAGAGGUGGAAGGUGCUGGUGUGGAAGACGGCCGUGUACCUCAUCACCCUCGGCAUGCUCAUCGCCCUCCUCAUGGGCCUCAACAUGUCCUGGACCGCCAUCACCGCCGCUCUCGUCCUCCUCGCGCUCGAUUUCACCGACGCACAGGCCUGCCUCGAGAAGGUGUCCUACUCGCUGCUCAUCUUCUUCUGCGGGAUGUUCAUCACCGUGGACGGGUUCAACAAGACCGGCAUACCCAACACCAUGUGGGAGCUGGUGGAGCCCUACUCGCGGAUCGACAGCGCCAGAGGCGUCGCGCUCCUCGGCCUCGUCAUCCUCAUCCUCUCAAACGUCGCAUCAAAUGUUCCCACAGUUCUGCUGCUGGGGACGAGGGUGGCCGCGUCGGCCGCGGCGAUCUCGCCGGCGUCGGAGAGGAAGGCAUGGCUGAUACUGGCGUACGUGAGCACGGUGGCCGGGAACCUGACGCUGCUGGGGUCGGCGGCGAACCUGAUCGUGUGCGAGCAGGCGAGGCGCGCGCAGUUCUUCGGCUACAACCUGUCCUUCUGGAGCCACCUCCGGUUCGGGGUGCCGUCCACCAUCGUCGUCACCGCCAUCGGCCUCCUCAUCGUCAGCAGCUACUGAAUUCAACCAAGCAAGAAACUAAAAGAUGACACUAGUGCCUGCCUUGCAAGGACCAUAGCGAAACCCUUUUCUUCUUCAAUAAUGGAGAUUAUUACUCAUGUAAAAUCGAUAGGCUUGUCUUGUAACCCGUUUGUGUCUUGUGUAUCUCAGAAAAAUCAGUGUUGUCAUCUUCUCUUGUCGCUAAAGCAGACGGCCGGUAAGGUACGGGUGGCAGACCAAGUAGCCUGCGUUUUCAGAUUUCUCAACUUGGAGUUGCAGAUACGGUAGGUUCUCGUUGAACUAAGAAAUUACUCCUAUAUUGUAAUCUGAUUACAGUUUUGGUGUUUCAGAAUGAUGAAUCAACGUGGUCUGUAAUCGUGCCAUACUUGCAUAGUUUACUUUUA